GUCGUCCUGGGCUCUACUUGAGCCUCUCAAUUCCUGUUUCGUGUGAAGUCAUUUCUUCACGGUUCCCAGACAUUUUGGAGCUGCGGAGGGGGUGGAAGAGGUGCAGCCCCCAACCCCAGCGGGUCGGCCUAGUCCUUUAAAAGCACCGGGCACGAGUACAGAUCCCAGGACUACUGUGAUCUGUGAUGUUAAGAAAGCAAGAGUGGUCUAAACCUCGCUGCUGACUGGGAACGGACCUUAAAGACGAGGUGUCAUGUUACAAUCAAAACCAUCCGCCUUCCAACGGCAAGUAAAACUUCCGUAAAGUUCGGGGCGGACGCCUGCGCAAAUUGCAGAGCCGGAUCCAUGGCGAACGAGCAUCUGCCAGCAGAGAGAGCGCAGUCGCUGCUUUCUGCCCCCCAGCGCGAGGAAGACCCGCAGAAACCCAACUAUGCUCUCAGACUUACUCUUACAGGACACUCGGCGGCCAUAUCAUCAGUUAAAUUUAGUCCUAAUGGCGAAUGGCUAGCAAGUUCUGCAGCUGAUGCACUAAUUAUAAUUUGGGGAGCAUAUGAUGGGAAAUGUAAGAAAACACUCUAUGGUCACAGUCUGGAAAUAUCAGAUGUUGCCUGGUCUUCAGAUUCUAGUCUUCUCGUUUCUGCCUCAGACGAUAAGACUCUAAAGUUAUGGGAUGUGAGAUCUGGAAAAUGUUUGAAAACACUGAAGGGGCACAGUGACUUCGUCUUUUGCUGUGAUUUCAACCCACCAGCCAACCUCAUCGUUUCCGGAUCUUUUGAUGAGAGUGUGAAAAUAUGGGAAGUAAAAACAGGAAAGUGCCUCAAGACUUUGUCUGCUCAUUCGGACCCCAUUUCUGCUGUAAAUUUUAAUUGUAGUGGGUCCUUGAUAGUGUCCGGGAGCUAUGAUGGACUUUGUAGAAUUUGGGAUGCUUCGUCAGGCCAGUGUUUAAGAACAUUUGCUGGUGAAGGUAACCCUCCAGUGUCUUUUGUAAAAUUUUCUCCAAAUGGUAAAUACGUUCUCACUGCAACUUUGGACAAUACUCUUAAACUGUGGGAUUAUAGCAGGGGCAGAUGCCUGAAGACAUACACUGGUCAUAAGAAUGAGAAAUACUGUAUAUUUGCCAAUUUCUCUGUUACUGGUAGAAAGUGGGUUGUGUCUGGUUCAGAGGACAACAUGGUUUACAUCUGGAACCUUCAGACUAAAGAGAUUGUACAGAGGUUACAAGGUCACACAGAUGUUGUGAUCUCAGCAGCCUGUCACCCCACAGAAAACAUCAUUGCAUCAGCAGCAUUAGAAAAUGACAAGACAAUUAAAGUGUGGUCAAGCAACUACUGAAGUUUCUGGCAGCCAGUGAGGGAAGCCAAGUUAGACACAAAAUCGAAAGGAUGGUUUCUCUGAAUUCUGGCAUAGCUUAACUGUCUCUGCUUCAGUCUGGACAUUUUAAUUUGCAAAAUAAGACCCUUGCAAAAACAAGUCUAGGGCUUGUGAGUCCUAAUCUCGAGGCCCGUUAGGAAUCUCAUGUGUUCAUUUCUGGAGGCAUGUGAGAGUCAGUGAAGUGUUACAGCAGAAACUACCUGUUUCAUUCUCUUCCAAUAGCUUUCCCAGAGGAGGAAGGUUUUUGGAAUAUCUGGAAAGGUGACACAACAGGAUGACUGAGGGGAGGAGGGACGUGUAGCCUCUGGUUUGGGAGGUCAUUAAGGGCAGUGACAUUAGGGAGGUAAUGAGAGGAUUGGAGAUGUUCGACAUGUCACUUGCAUAUUUUUGGUGUUAUUCUAUAUGAUGGGGCAUCAAAUUGCCAAAUUAAUCUGUCAAGUUGGGGGACAAUAAAUCACUGUUGGGUUUGUUCUAUGAAUGAUAAACUAUCCAACAAACAGAGUGCUUUUUCAUGAUAAAUUUGCCAAGUGACAAAAAUCAAAGCAUUUGAUACCAAAAAUGAAUCAAAGGCAAAAAGUACGUAUAGCUAGACAGCAUUAGGAUUACUAGAUUCUGAAGCUAUAGGCAGAGUUCCAUCGUAAAUGUGUGUCCCAUUAAGUUCCCAAUCAGUGGCAUGGGAUACCUUUAAAGUCACGGCUGUUAACUCAGACAACUAUCCUGUCUGGUAGCUAUAAUGACCUGUCAUCUGUUAGCACUAGGGAGGCAUGUGAGAGUUGGUGAAGUGUUACAGCAGAAACUACAUGAAUAACAGACACCUUGGUGCCAUAAGGACAAGGCUAUAUAAGUACUGAUGUAAGUGUUUACUUUCCAACACUAACAAGAACAGGCAUGGCAUUCUCCUAAGGACAAAAUGUAAUUCCCCGAGAGUAGAAAGGGACUGUUUGGGAGCCAAGCCAUGAACUAGGAGGUAGCAGCUGGCCCUGCAAGUCCAUGAUGAAUGAGAAGCGCCUCUGAGCUCUUGGCCACUCGACUCUCAUGCCUCUGCCAGGCAUCCUCAAAGGCUCUUCAAAAUGCCGCUGCCUACUGGCAUGCUAAACCAUUCAGUGCAUAGUCCAGCUUCUUUCAAGGCUCUGAGGAGCCACUCCACAAAGUCACCC